AUGCCUCUCUUCCACCGCGACACCUCCUCAACCGCUUCAUCCUCCGACUAUCCCCGUCACUCUCGCCACGACGUAUCCCCCGUCGAAUCCACCGAGUCGCGUCGUACCGGCCUCUUCGGCUCACGACGCCACUCAACCUCUCCCUCCACACAUUCCACCACCACCACCAAAUCACACGGCGGUAGCGGUUUUCUUCACCGCAACCGCGAAGACCCUUCCAUUUCUGUAGCGCGUGAACAAGUCGUCCUCGCCGAAACCGCCGAACGAGAAGCCGACCGCGCGCUUGUGGCUGCGAGACAGGCCGUAAGAGAGGCAAGGGAGCAUGUGAGGAGACUAGAAGCAGAAGCCAAAGAGGAGGCACGCCUUGCAAAGAUCAAACAGGAUCAGGCGAGAAGUAUUUCGAAGAGGGCUAAGCCUUUGGGAAUCCUGAAUGCAACUCAAUGCCUUGAAGUCUUGGCUAACGGAUCACAGGGGAGGCCAAUCAUGGCGAAACGGAACCUGAAAGGGGGAAGGGGCGCCAAAGCAAAGGACGCCACUUCACGAGAAGGGACCCCGACACCACAAGCCAAGCGUGCAUUGUCUGAUGGAGCGGCGUCACCUGAGCUGCGCUCUGUUUUCAUGACGGAAAUGCGAAUUUCGCUCACUCUCCGAAAUUUCAAUGCUUUCUCGCUGAAAUCCGGUCCCCAAAUUGAAGAUGAAUCUUAUGGUACUGAUAGCGAGUCGAACGUCUCUCCUGAACCGAAACGCCAGAUUCAUACCUCCGAAAAGGCCUACAACGCCGCUGCCGCUUUCGUCGCUUCUUUAUCGAAGACGGAGUUCAUCCCCCAAUUACGGAACGAACUUCGUGUUGUUGUAUCCAAGUGGAUGGUAAAGCAACUCGUUAGUCUGGACAUCAGAUCUACGACAAACUCUGCGGCAAAGUUCCACGUCGUGGAAGAAAGCAAUAUAGGGAUUGUGACACAACUCGCCACCACAUUCCCAUUCAUAGUAUUGUAUCCGGAGCCUGCUUUGACUCAGAACGACAUAGUCGAGCGACAGAAAGAUGUAGGAGAGCGUAAGCAGAUCAUUGAAGUAUUGCCUAAGCAUGAGAAGGAAUGCUGGAAGCUAGAAUGGAUAUUGCCUAAGCAUGAGAAGGAAUGCUGGAAGCUAGAAUGGAUCCGCAAACACAUCAACGCCAACAAUCGCCAAAGCAAAUGCUUCCAUGGGCCAAUAAAGCUUCUCUUCAUCGCAGAAAACAUUGCUACAGCGUCCACGCUUCACCUAUGGAUUGAGCAUCACUACCCUAAGAAGAACUCGCAGUACAUCAAUGGCCUUACAAGUCUGGCUAAGAAACUAGAGAUAAUCCGAAAUCUCCAAAGCGACUACCUCCCGCGCAACCGCAAUAUCAACGACAAGCUUAUCUCCCGUUUAGUGGAGCAAUUCGAAGUGCGUGUUCGUCGAUUUACAUUUAUGGAUCGCCUCGUGGUCAUCGCUACCUGGGAGACCUUCGAAGUCUUGAUCAAGGCUGCCAAACCCGCUGUUGCUCCCAAAGCCAUAGAUUUUGCUGUCAGAACUGAUCCUGUUUCUCAUCGGGAGGAGGACUACGGGAUUUAUCAUAGCUCGACUGAUGUCAACAUUCCGCGGAUUAGAUUGGUCUUCGCCGCCGCGAUAUAG